AUGGACAUCCCGUUCGAGGUGGAGCACAAGGUCAACGAGACGUGGGAGGUGGGCAAAGACGAUGGGGACCUGGAGAUCGGGGAGCUGCGCACGACUGGCCGCUCGAUGCCCGGGCACCACGGCCGCAUCGUGCAUCGCGUGCCGCUGCGCCACAAGGCGCCGGUGGUGGCGCAGGCGAGAAUGGCGAUGCAGUCCAAGCCGUCGCUCCUCUCGAUGGGUUCGCUGAUCGGCCACGCCAGCCCCGACCACGUGGUGCGCCCCGAGCUGGUGGCCGCCUCCUGGCCCCAUCCGCACCUCGAGCCGAGCGGCCUCUCCUGCGACGCGUCGGGGCGGAACUUUGUGGUCACCGACGGGGUGAGCGUGUAUUCGGCCGCGCUGGACCUGAGGCGGCCCAGGCUCGUGUUCGCGGAGGCCGACUGCCCUGCCGUCCUGGGCGAGGGGCUGCAGGACACCGCGGUCGCGUGCCACAGCUCCGGGGCCGACGGGUGCAGCGCCAUGCUGCUGCACAGGUUUGGCGGCCGCAUCGCGGGGUGCUCGCUGGGGAACUCCAGCAGCGGGCAGCUGGCCAGAGGCUUCGGCGUGCCCGACGCCUGGCUCGAGCGCGUCCGCGUCGCGGCGGCGGACGGCCGGGCGCACGGGCGCAGCGAGCUGCCCGAGGUCUUGGCGGCCGGGCUCGGCUGCGAGGGCAGCCGCGAAGGCCAGGAGCCCUGGGAAGCAGCGCUGGACUGCGCCAUGGUGGGCACCUCCAACGGUCGCAUCGUCGAGCUGAAGCGCCACUCGAAGCGUGAUGAGCUCGUCCCAUCGAAUUUCCUGAGCGACUCCCUGGAGGGCUAUGAUGGCGUGCCGCUGGACCCGGGCACGCUCCGGGCGAUCAACGCCAGGCACGUGGGCGUGCUGCGGCGGCAGGAGCGGGGCCGGCAGCGCAUCGACCUGUUCGACCGCGAGUUGGGCGGCGCCCCGAUCGGCAAGCUGCCGCUGCCCGCCUGGCUGGGCGCGGCGUCGUCCUGGUGCGCCGGCGGAGGACAGUUGUACAUCCUCGGCAAGGGCGCCUCACCCAAGAUAUGGCAGAUCCAAAUUCCCCACGAGUUGGUGAUGUGACCCGCAACGCGCGCCUUGCCUUCAUCUGCAUUCCCCCGUG